AUGCAGCAGACUCAGAGUGCUCUGGGACCUCAGCCGACUCAGGGGUCCCAGGCGAUCCAGGGGCCUCAGCCUACCCAAGGAGCCCAGGCGAUCCAGGCACCUCAGUCGACCCAGGCACCUCAGUCGACCGCACCCUCAGCCACAGAUUUCCCCUGUGCAUGCAGCAUCCACUUCAGCAACUGGACCGUCGACGUCUUCCGCAUCUCGGCCGUCGACGUCUUCCGCAUCUCGGCCGUCGACGUCUUCCGCAUCUCGGCCGUCGACGUCUUCCGCACCUCGGCCCUCGACGUUUUCCGCACCUCGGCCCUCGACGUCUUCCGCACCUCGGCCCUCGACGUCUUCCGCACCUCGGCCCUCGACGUCUUCCGCACCUCGGCCGUCCACGUCUUCCGCCCCUCGACCGUCGACACCCAGGCUCUCCAUAACCAGCGACGAGACGACAGGCACCGGCAACGGACUCUUGCCAGGCAACAGCAACAGCACCAACAACGGCAGCAGCAACAGAGGGCAGAACACCAGAGACUUGCGCGCCAGCGGCAGCAGAGGCAGCAACAGCAGCAACAGCCUUACCGAGAUCUGCUGCGUGAUUUUGAUGAAGAACAGAGGACUUCGCAUAUGCGGUGCUUCGGUAUGAGGUUGAAAUCCACUACGAAGAUGGGUACAGGAACAGAACAAGACGAUAAGGUAUUCAUCCUUGACUCAGCUGUGCUCUGUGCUUUUCUACCACAAUUGUCUUCACUCCAGUUUGUG